AUGUACAACGUACUCGGUAACAUUUUUGAACUCUCUUCAAAAUACAUUCCUCCUAUUCAACCUGUGGGUCGAGGAGCUUAUGGUAUUGUCUGCUGUGCAACAAACUCAGAGACAAACGAAGAGGUUGCUAUAAAGAAGAUAGCAAACGCUUUUGACAACAGAGUUGAUGCUAAAAGAACACUCCGUGAGAUCAAACUCCUUUGCCACAUGGAUCACGAUAAUGUAAUCUCUGAUCCUAUUUCGAUUGAUGAAUAA